UCAUGUUGUAGUUGUUGUUCAUCUGCAUCACACCUGACAGACACUAACACUGGACCGCUGCUGCUGAAAUUAAGACACAAAAGUAGUUUUUUAUCGUCUUAACAGCGGCUGGCAGUGACAGUAACAAAAUUCAACAGUAGGUUUAACUAAACUUUACUUUGUUAACGUUUAAUUUUCUCAUAAUCUGUUGCUAAUGCCUAAUACUAAUGGCAAUGCAUGCACGACAUUGGAGCGACGUCUAUAUCAUCGGCCCUGGCCUGGCCCGUCGUCAGUCAACAUGGUCAAGUGACAAGUCCAUGAAAAAUCCCACUGCACUGACUGACGUUGCAUGCAACAUAGAAGUCCAACCUAGCCUAGAGAGCUACUCCUAUCAUGCUCCUAUUGACCUAGAGCCAUGGGAUAUAAAGUAUGGAUAGCAUUGGUUUGCAUCAGGAUAGUGUUAUGUCUGUGGCCAAUGACAGGCUAUAUUCACCCCGAUGAAUUCUUUCAGAACACAGAGCCGUUAGCAGGAGACAUCUUUGGUUUUGAUGUUCUACGUACAUGGGAGUUUAAUUCGUCCCGGCCAGUGCGGAGUAUCUUCUUUCCACACAUUACCACCGGAUUAGGAUACAAGAUCUUGCAGUAUCUAGACAGUGUAGGCAUUGUGUUAGUUAGCUCCUAUACUUUACUGGUAUUCCCUCGUGUCAUCAUGGCUUUAGUGUCCCUGCUAUGUAUUGACUACCCAGUCUAUAUGAUAUGUCAGUUACUAGGGAUUCAAGCAGACAUCUGUCUCACAGUCUUGGCAAGUUCUUAUGUAUCUUUGACAUACCAUACACGCACAUUUUCAAACUCAUAUGAAACAAUGGUGUUUGCCUUGUUAUUGCUUCUGGUGGUUGAUUCCAGAUUAGAUCAGUUUAAACCACCAGAAACACAACCAGAGUCCAAAAAGAAACACCAGACAAAACCAUCUGUCAACAAAGUGGCAACAAGACCAAAUCAUGGAUUUUGGAUUGGAGUCUUUGUAGUUGAAGGAACAUUCAAUCGAAUUACUUUCCCUUGUUACUUUCUUAUUCCAUUGAUAUUUUGGCUGACAGGGUCAUCAACAGAAUUUGGAGUUAAAGCUGUACGUGAAGUUGCAAGAAAUGUUAUUGCACUUUUGCCGGGCUGUUUGACAAUGUUGAUAAGUAAUCUGGUAAUGGACUCUGUAUACUUUGGCAGUUUAGACGCAACUAUUCUUACCAAGCCACACAUCCUGUAUUCCAACUUAAACUAUGACUUUCUCUCCAACAAUAUCACAGUGACUCCACUGAAUUCCUUGUUAUAUCACUUGGAUUCAAGCAAUAUAGCACAGCAUGGUUUACAUCCAAGAAUCACUCACAUCAUUGCCAAUCUACCCAUACUCUAUCUUCCUUUGGUCAUCUGCUUUGUAUCUGAGCUUUUGUCUUUAGUGAGUGGCACAAGGCAGACACAAUCAACUGGUUUUACAGGGUCAAGCAGUCGAGCAUUCUUUGCACUAUGCUUUGUCACACCAGUAUUCCUUUUGUCUAUGGUACCACACCAAGAACCCAGGUUUAUCAUUCCUGUAUUGGUACCUCUUGUUUUACUCUAUGCAGAGUUUGUCAUGAUGUCCACAUCGCUCCCUAAUAUUCCUUGGAUCAUCUGGAAUCUAUUGGGAUGCAUAAUAUUUGGCUUUAUCCAUCAAGGGGGUAUUGUCCCUAGCAUUGCUCAUACACACUCACUUACUUCACAACCAGUACAGAAUCUUCCAAUACAUUAUCACUUUGUGUUUUACCACACAUACAUGCCACCACGCCAUCUUGCACUCAUCAACCAAUCCAUGUCUACAGUGUUCAUUGAUGAUCAACACCCUGAAACUAACUUACUGAAGCUACCCAAUAUAGUGACCUAUCAUGACCUGAUGGGUAGCAGUAGCCUUACUCUAAGCACCACAGUGGAGAAACUUCUCUGUACUAAACGCACACCAACUCCUCAAUACUACCAGAAACAAGUCUAUGUAUUUGCACCAGCAUCCCUGGAUGCUACAUUCUGUCGUCUAGGAAUAAAGCAGAACUAUAAGUUGGUGAAAACCUUUUUUCCUCACAUCAGUACUGAAGAUAUACCAGAACUGAUGCCUUCAUAUGCAUGUGUUGCUGAACCAGAAAGAAGCUAUCAAUACAAGACUGGUCUGCAGACUUUGAAGGCAGUAUUCUCAUUGAAUAUGUAUAGAGCUGAUGUUGUGCGCAUGAUCGCAUCGUAGAUCAACUGUGUUUUCCAGAUUUUCUAGUUUUUUAUACAUUUAGUCCUUAAAUUUAGUCCUUAAAUUUAAGUUAAAAUGUUUUUAAUACUUCAUUUUGUUUUGGUUAUAGAGGUACAUGUACCUCACUAAAAAGUCUUGGGACUAAAAAUAUCAAUUUUUUGGUCAAUAAUGAAUAAGACAUAGAAGGCCCAUGUCAUGUGACAAGGCCCUAAAAUACAUGGAUACAUUACAUUUGGAAAAAAUCAGUUGCAUUUUUAUAAAAUUAGAAAUAAUAAAAAUGUUGUAUAGCCCAAAAUUUAUUGAGAAUUGAUUAAUGGAUCAAGGAGGGAGAUACAACAAUGUUUUUAGAAUUACUUGUUACUUUAAAAAGACAACACCACAGUUCUAAAUUAAAGUAUUUGAAACAUGAGUGAAUUCUCAAAAAAAAACCUGAAAUAAUAGAAUGAGUAUGUUAAUUAGUAAGUUCAUGUAGUGAGAGUGUUAACUCUGAUUGUCUUGAGUGUGUUGAGGAUUAGUAGGAUCAUGGAGCUAGGAUAAAGCCUUGGGAAUGAACCAUUAAUCACGAGUUACUGGAAAAUGGAUCCUACUUUUAGUUAUUUUGAAAUGCAGUGAUGUCUGUAUGAGAUUGAUGGAUCAGGUUGGACACCAGUAACUUUAUAAUUACCGGUGUGGCGGUUUCAACUUUCCGCCGUGUUCAGUUUUCCGAAUGACCAAAUACGGUAACAUUACG